UGUAGUGAGAGAUUUUAUUUUUAACGUUUUGUACGUGUAAUAAUUAUUUGUUGAUGCUGAUGAUGAAGUUUCAUUAUUGUUUCUAGAAUUAAUAUAAAAAAUAUGGCAACGGCUCAUAAAAUUACCGAGAUUGUAACGGCCAUGUUGUACUAUUCUGAAUAUAUUUUUUUUUAAUUUUUUAGUAUUGGUAUAGUGCUGUUUUUGUGCUAUAAUUUAAUUAAAUAUCGUACAUAAAUCUUUAAUUAUUGGUCUUAGCUUGUAUUAUUUCUCCUUGAAUGUUUUCAACCUUAUCCUCACCGUAUGCCUUACUACUGAACAGUAUCAAAACAACUGGUUCACGACAGCAUGGUGACUUGGUCAAAAUAAAUAGGUUGUGUUGAAAUAGUGUUUGUGUUAAGAUGUCUUUUUGUUUCUUAGAUCUUUAAUAAUGGAUUAACAUUAUGAAGACUAAACGGUAACACAUCUUAUCUAUUUUUGACUAUAGAAGGGAUCUUCAAAUAAAUAAUUCAUAGCAAAACAGGUAUAUUUAAAGAUUGUGAGAAGCUGACUAAUAUCCUAAGUGGUGACAGAAAUCUGAGGCAUAUACAAAAAGCAGUACAAUUUUAUGAUAUAAUUAUUAAAUUGUGAAAAUGCAUCUUUAUUGAUUUUAUGUAAUCUUACCAUCAUGGACAGCUAACCCAUGUGACACUCUUUUCUGUGUUGUAGAGAUUAAUAAGCAUCAACUUCAGUUCCAAAUGUAGGAACUGUUUUUAGAUAUCUUUUUAAAUUGUCCACUCUAGUGGUCGUGAUAAAUCAUCCAAGCUGAUCGUAUUUUCAUUAUUUUACUCGUUCAUUCCUCACAAAAGCACAAGGUGGCGGCUGAAUCCAGCUUAGCUAAAAGGCUUUUGACUGGGAAACCAGCAGAGCCUAUCAUGGUUUUUGUUGGGUACAUCCACUGAUGGCGAAUAAAAACCCUCCUGCACAUGAUUUUGCACCAGCGUGGCUCAAGAUACCCACUUAUAAUAGUUAUAAGCCCUCUGGUGCAUCCAGCGAGCGUGGCGGACAUACUAGUCGUAGAGAUGAACAUAGCUUUGGUUUCACCCGCCACAAAGAAAGUGAUCCUCUAGCUUAUCACUCAUAUUUUAAUGAAUGCAGAAAAGAUAGGGAUGACUACGAAGAUGCAUACCCUUCAGUCAACAAUGUGCAUUAUUAUGGUAUGGAUAAUGGUUUCAACGGAUGUAAUAAUCAAGCACUUCUCUCACGCAGACCGCAUAGCAGGCAUGACUUUCGUAUUUCACUCUCAUAUGCAAAGGCUGAUGCUCCCAAACACAUGACAAAGAAUGGUAGUGGCUAUUACCACAACAAAGGAAAGGGAAAAUUGAAUGACAAUGGUUGUGUGAGUAACAAUGGUAUUGGUGAUGGACGUGGUAUGGGAGUGACCAGCAAUAAUUUCAAUCAAGAAUUUCCAUCUCUGCAAGGAGACAUCUCUGAAGAGCCAAGUACUGUUCCAGCUUUGAACGGCAGUGCUUGGGAAAAACCUAGAAAUAUCAAAAUUAAUAAUACUGGAAUUGGGAAAAAGAUUCAACUUGUGAAAAAACCCGUUAAGGGAGAGAAUUCUUGUGAGAGCUCCAGAAAAAGUCCAGCAUCUUCAUCAUCUGGACCUCUUACAAAAUCCUCGAAUACCAUCUCUAGCAUUACCAAUCCGCACACUGUCAUCGUCACUCCAGUUGCCAAAGGCAGCUCUCCAAAUUGCAGAGCUCUCAUCCCUGCCAAAAGUACUGUCAUGAAAAAACCGAUUAAGGAAACUCUGAAAAUUACUAAUAAGAAUGUGAUCUUCCAGAAGUCCUCCACUGCACCAGCUCCAUCAUCUCAUUCCAUGGAAAUUUUAGUAAAACAUCCAAAAGCACCAGGUAAUAAAUCUGAAUUCUUAAAAGCCCUUCGCAAUGAGACAAAAGAACAGGAAGAAAGUGAAAGAGAUUUUUCUGAGAAAAAUGACAUCAUCAAAAAUAAUAAUGAAUCUAUGGAGAGCCCUUCCGAAGAACCACAUGUAAAUGGCAUUGAUAUUUCUAAAUUAUCAUUUAAUGACAGUGAUGAUAGGGAAAAGAGUUUUCUAUCCAGCUCUCUUGAAGCAGAAGAAAGGUUGUUGCGUGAAAUGGGAUGGAAAGAGGAAGUGUCAGAUGAUGAAAAUUAUGCUCCUUUAACUGAAGAUGAAUUGCGUGAAUUUCAAGAGUUUCGUGUUAGAUCUGAAACAGAGAAGAAAUCAGAUGCAGAAAAGGUUAUAAAUAAAAAUGGUAUUCGUCGUCCUCUUCUUGCUAACUUGAGCCCUCUCCGCCUUGCACCAUUUCCAAGUGUGGCCCCACCGACAGAAAAUACUUCUAGCUCUUCAGAUUCAGAGGAUGAUUCUUAAAACACCCUAAUAAUAAACACAUUGUAGCUGCGUUUAAAUGGUCACUUAACAGAAAUAUUAGCCUUCUUUUUAUUUUCUCUUUAAAUCUCUAAAUGUGUGUAAAUUUUAUCUUUUUUCUUAUUGAAUGUCAAAAUAUUUUGAAUAUGUUCCUUAACUAUUUUAUCUAUCUCAUUUUAUUGUAACGGUCAUGUGUUGGAAUGAAAUACUUCAUUGCUAGAUUCCACAAAGUAAAAUUCCAUAAAAAUGUAAAUUUGAAUAUUUUUGCUAGAUUUCUCAUGAAUUGAAAUUUCAUAAAAGUUCUCUUCUAGAAUUACACAUGGCUUGUGCUGACUCUGUUUGCAUUAUAUGCUACGACUGAAAGUUAUAAUAUUUCAAAACAUAAUCUUUCAAUAAAGAUAAUGUUAAAUUUUUUUUCUGCUUAAAACACUUUUGAAAAGUGCAAUUUUGCUUUUUGGCAUUAAAUUAAAACAACAUGCAUUUAUUAAUAUAUUUUUUUUUUACACUGUGCCAAAAAAAAAAAGGAAAUUAAAGCUGAGCAAUUAUUUAAAUCAAAAGCAAUAUGAUAAAUUAAUAUAGUUUUCAUUCCAAUCUUGACAAAAGGAGAAAAAAAAUGUGUAUUUUAGGAAGUAUAUAUUUUUUUAAACGGAUUAUCUGAUCGAUAUCUAAGAUUGUGUUUGCUAUGCCCUUUUUGAAGUGUUUCAAUGCCUUAUUUGAAUUUUUUUCUUUUAUAUUUUUCCAAUGAUUUUGACAAUGCUGUGUGGUGACUUGCUAGAGACUGAACUAUGCACAAAAGUGUGGUUAAUUUAUGUAUAUAUUAUAUAAAAAAUUACAUUCUCCUAUAAGGCUGAUGUGUCAUCAAAAAUUAGAGAUGAGUUUCCAAAGAUUCAGCCAAUCUAUGCAAAAGACAAUAUUAUAAAAAAUCCUGUCUAGCAGGUGUGAACUUUGUGCUAAGGAGUAAAAAUUUAAAGAUUGUACAGAAGUGUUUUUCUUUAAAAUGUGAAAAAAAAUAAAGCCUUUCCUAUAUGCUUGAAAUGGCUCAUAGCCUUUGUUGAUAAUUGAAUAAAGCACGAUUUUGCUACUGAA